AUGUACCUCGGCGGGUCCCAGUUCAUGGAGGUCACGCUCCAGGUCGAGGUCUAUAGACGGAGCGCCUACUACGUGUCGACGGUCAUGAUCCCCUGCGUGCUCUUCCUCUUCAUCCAGUACGCGGGCUUCUUCGUCGACCGCCACGUCGCGCCCGCGCGCGUCGCCAUCUCCGUCGUGCCCGUGCUCAUCAUGCUCACGCUGAGCUCCGACGUCUUCGAGAAGAUCCAGCGCGUGUCCUAC